AUGAAGAUCUUAGACGAAAUAAACGACGAAAUCAUUGGGAUAUGCGAUGUAACGGAUAUUGAACACGAAAUUGAAGAAGCAGCCGCCGUCUCGGAUAGAAUUCUAAGCACCAGACGUAAAAUCGAAGGAGCAAGAAAACCGGAGAUUUGUCAAGAAACUAUAAAAAGAAGGCAAAGUCCUACACCACAAGUCGAACAGAUUCCUUUAGUGGUAGCAACAGCAAGCACGAGUAACACAACGAUAAGCAACGAUGAGAAUAAUACGUACGCGGAUGCUGUUAAUACGAACACGAAUGCGGUGAACACGAAUACGAAUGCGGUUAACACGAAUACGAAUGCGGUUAAUACGAACACGAAUACGGUCUAUACGAACACGAAUGCUAUUGAUACGAUUACGAAUGAAGUGAUAAAUGCGAAUUCUACGAUUUUGAAUGCCCCUGUCAGAACAACACCAGCGAUAAUGAUGCCAAAGCUUCCCAAACUUCAAUUGCCAAAAUUCAGUGGAAAGAUCACAGAAUGGAACGCCUUUGGGACUUAUACAAUGCUACGAUUCACAGCAACGAGAUGCAGCACGUUCGAUAAGGGACUUACCUUAACAUCCGCAAAUUAUGACGCAGCAAUUGCGAUUCUGCAAGAUAGAUUUGGUCGAACCCAACAGGUCAUUGCCGCACAUAUGGAUCAAAUCCUACAAAUAUCUGCAUGUUCUGAAAAUCGUACUGGGCAAUUGAGAUAUGUUUUCGAUCAAAUAAGUGUUCAAGUGCGAGGACUUGAUUCGCUUGGGGUAUCUGCAAACCAGUACGGCAGUCUGCUCAUACCAAUUAUUAUGUCCAAACUACCGAGUGAAAUAAGAUUGCAGGUAGCACGAAAAGCUACUGGUGAUGUUUGGCAAAUUGAAGAGUUACUCAAAACCAUAAAGUUUGAAGUUGAGGCACGUGAAAUGAGCGAGUCAUCGCGUUCAAUUGAGAAACCCCAGAACAAAGAUAAGCCCAACAAGCCAUCGACAGCUGGAACAUUUGUAGUGACGAAAAUGAUAAAGACGGUGCCCAUAGCUUCAAGGUUAAAUGCGUAUACUGUCAAGGAUCACAUUAUUCAGCAUCUUGUGAAGAGCUAUCCUGCUACCAACAGUCAGGGUGUCCAAAAUGAAAAAGCAAUUGAUAACACCUAUCCACAGAAAGUAUCAGAAGGUGUAAACUCUCCAACCACAACAGCUGUCACACGAACUGUCAAGGGAAGUGUUCUUUUGCAGACAGCCAGAGCUCUCGUAUCAAACGGAUCAAAAUCGGUUCCAGCACGAAUUCUCUUUGACACUGGAAGCCAAAGGUCUUACAUUCGAAGGUCACUUCAAGGCCGGUUAAGGUUAAAUUCAAUUGGUAAGGAGACACUUCAAUUAAAUACCUUUGGCCAAAGCAAGAGUAAACGAGAAAGCUGCGAAGUGUUCAAGGUGAGCAUUGCAAACAAGAGUGGAGGUGAGGUAGUAGAGAUUAAAGCAAUCGCAUUUCCAACAAUAUGUGCACCACUUCCUACAAGGAUAAAUAUAGACGAUUAUCCACAUCUCCAUGGUUUAGAACUUGCAGACUUUGAUUCUUCCGAUAACAAUGGUAGCUGUGAUUCAAUCGACAUCUUGAUAGGAGCUGAUCAUUAUUGGGACGUAGUCACAGGUGAUGUCGUACGAGGAGAAAAUGGUCCAACAGCGAUGAGCAGCAAAUUGGGAUGGCUUUUGUCUGGAUGGUCAUCACAAAAAUCAGACGAACAUACUCUGAACAGCCUCAUUUUAGCAGCCGACUGCCUUGAUAAUUCUACUGUCGUAACCGAUAGGGAUGAGCUAACAAUAUCAUUGAAGCGUUUUGGGAAACUGAGAACGUUGGCAUUGACCUUUGACUCAGAGAACUCAACCGAGGAACAAGAUUUUGUGCGAAAUAUUCAAUUCACUGGAACACGCUACGAAGUUGGUCUGCCGUGGAAAAAUGAUCAUGUGCAAAUUGAUGACGAUUACGAACUCUGUCAUAAUAGAUUGAGAUCAUUGCAUCGAAAACUGCUAAAGGAUCCACAAAAUCUUGAAGAAUACAAUAAUGGUAUUACUGAACAAUUGGCAGCAGGAAUAGUCGAAAGGGUUCCGGCAUCUGAUAAGGAUUGUGGUAAAAUUCACUAUCUUCCCAUCAUUGUGUCAUACGAAAGGAUAAGGUUACUACGAAGCUACGCGUUGUAUAUGAUGGAUCUGCUACGACGAACUUGCGCAAAUUUUCACUAA